AGUCAGUGCAGCUUCGUCGCGUCCACCCUUUGUCCGCGAGGACCGCAGCCCUUAGGAGUCAUUGCAAGUCACAGCGACAAAGUUAUUAUAAGGUCUUGUGCAAACUCGGGAGGCCUUUACUGACCUGCCUAUAACACAGCUCAGAAAUAUUCAGUAGAGCUAUUCAGAAGAUGACUGAUUGUGAUCGCUGUUACCGCUACUUCAACUCUUGGUCUGCUUACCACCAGCAUGUCCGGGACUCUUCUAAUCACUGGGAAUGCGAAGAUUGUCAAAUCGACUUUGGGUCUUGGCUGGGGCGCAAAGAACACUACGUUCAGAGCCCCGACCACGACUACUGCCAGUAUUGCGACGUCCAUUUCAACUACGCGUCAGAGUUAGAGGAUCAUUACGAAGACGAGCAUGCUUACUGUAGAUCUUGUCGCAAGGUCUUCAAGAACGACUUCGGCUUGCACGAGCAUAAUCGGCAGAAGCACGCCGACGUGUAUUGCAUUGCGUGCAAAAGGCUCUUCCAGGCUCCGAGCAACCUUCACUCUCACUUGAAUUCUAGCGUACACCGCCCUAAAGAUACUAUAUGCCCCUUCAACGGAUGCGGCAUGGCGUUCAUCAAUAAAUCCGCCCUCAUUCUCCAUCUUGAAUCUGGCUCGUGUCAAUCAGGCGUAAACCGACGCAUGGUUGACAACUGGGUCCGCACCAACGAUCGCUCUAACAUGAUUACCAACCCAGCUCGGCUCAUCACUGCUGGUGAACGUGCCAACGUGUCACUUAUCGCGACACAGCGGUCGUGGAACGGGCGGGCCUUUGAAUGUGUUCUUUGUCACACCCAGUUCAAGGCAUUGACAGACUUGAACCGUCACUUGGCAAGCCCUCGUCAUCAGGAGAAAGUGUAUCGGUGCCCUCUCAAUACCUGCCAGACCCACUUCGCCUCCCUUAGCGGGUUGUGCCAGCACAUCGAGAGUCAGCGUUGUGGUGUGACGAAGUUCAGGGCCGUCCGAGACGCCAUGGACAAUCUCUUCUCCGGAGUAACCCGCAUCGCAAUGUAACAUGCCCUCGUGUUGUCUGCGUUCUUUCACAUGCCAUAUCCACAUGGUUUCGUCACAGACAAUCAGUUUCUAUUCGUUUACUAUACAUUUUUCAUUCCAACAUCACCGCCUUACCUAUUCCCAGUCACUAUCUGCGUGCCUUAACAUCCUUUUUGAUAAAUCUAUUAUGAUAGUCUUUGACAACUCUGGCCAAAGCAAGUUUCUUGCUCCCCUCAGUUGUACAUGGUAGUCAUACCUUACAUACGUCCUUAUUCUCCGCGUUUCAAAUGCACCGUACAUGAAUCAUAAUCGAAUGAUAGUGGGUCUCGUAAUUCCGUUUCUGACUUCCAUCCUCACUGUUCAAGCG